AGUCGAUCUAGAAUUUCUCUAGCUGAUUAUCGUCUGCAAGAGGAUUUUACCUUCGGAUUAUAUGAAUCAAGAACCAUAACUGCGGUUAAUUUCUGUGAACUGUAUACAAGUCACUGUGUUUUAUGAAUACUACAGUAGGUUAGAAGUUGAAAUUCGUGUUGUACCAGUGGCUGGGUUACCGAGUGUGAUGUUUACUGUACUGUGAUAUUGUAGGUUUUUUUUAUGUAAUAUAAAAUACGGCAGUAACGUUGAAAAGGACUCGCUAUAAUUCUUAUUACAGUCUGGAAAGGUAUUAGUCACUGCAAUGAAAGAACGUUCGACAAAAGGCGCGUUCAACAGAUGACGGUGUUUGAAGAGAGAAAGUUUUCUGGAAAGUAGUAUUUGGGUUUUCAUUAAGUUGCAUGUUCUUGUCCGGCUGUACAAAAAUGAAUACAUGUGAAAUGUUGUUUUCGUUCGGAUUAUUGCUACUAUUGUAUGGAGUAACUAACGGCCAACAAGGUCCGUGCUACGAAGGCGAGUACGAGGUUUUGGACGACUAUAGACGCUACAAGUCCCACAUGUACCAGGAGGCGGGGCCAGACGAACCCCUGUGUGACGUACACAUGUCAGCUGGCUGGUACAGGUUCCUCAUCAAUGGGUCAGACGCUGUCAUGGCAACGGAAUGUGUCGGGACAUUUCACUGUGGAACCCAGGCUCCGGUGUGGCUGGAUAUUGGCGGGAAACUCCCAGCUCGAGGCAAACAGUCGUUUGGUCGCGCAUGCGCUUCGUGGACGAUUCCGGGACAGGAACGAGACUGCUGUUUUUACACGUUUGCCAUCCACGUGCACAACUGUGGGGACUUCUUCGUGUAUCGACUACAGUCACCCGGGGGCUGCAGCAUCGCCUACUGCACUGACUUUCCUGCCUCUGCCUGUAAUGAUGGACAGAACUUUAAUAAAACAGUGGGGAAGUGUGUAGACAAAAUUCCAAGCUGUGAUAUCGGCGAGGUUUAUAACGAAAAAUUAAAGAAAUGUAAAGUCCCUUUGCCGACGUGUAACGACGGGGAAGUGUUUGAUCCAGAAAAAGGAAAGUGUGUAGGUCCUGCUUUUCUGAUUGCCAGAUGUCCGGAUGGACAGACAUUUGACAAAAAUCUACAACAGUGUAUUGUUCCGGCUGAUUCCAUUGAAUUAAGAAAGCCAAAAGUGAAGGUGAAGAUUUCUAAAGACUUCGUCCACUUGGACUGCUCCACGGACUUACCUCUGACGUCACUUCCUGGCGUCAAUGUCCGGUUCCUCUGGUACAGAGACACACCGGAUGGACAGCAGCCGAUCAUGAGCAAGGAAGACAACUCUCCGAGCAAAGUUCUACAAGUGGGACUGGAUGUCUUUCCUGGGGAAACAGUUGUUUGUGCUGUAAGUAUAGGAAACACUUUCAGACGAGGAGACGUCGACCCAGAAGUUCAGAGUGACCCAUUUUUUCUAGGAAUUAAGGCAGACGACAGUAGUGUGUUUCUGAAGGAAGAUGGCAGUCUGGGGAAUAUCACCUUCUACUCGACUAUUCCCCCGGUUUGUGCUGUUGGGACGUACGCUGAGGACUGCAAGAUCGGAGUCUCGCUGCUCGUGUUUGGACAAGUUGGACUGGAAUUUCCUCGUGUGCGUCUAUCGACGUGCUACUUCGAGAUAUCUGACAGGGCGUGUCAAGACGACAUAUGCGGUAAACAGGUCAUUGAGGCACGCCUCCUGCCUAAUUUUGAGGACACGCCCCCUGGUCAGGGAGCAACUAUUGCGGCAGUGGUCAAUGAUUUCGGGCAGGGAGUUUGGAGACAGACCACAAUCAAUGUGGAUGUAAAACUGGAGGAUGUGUCUUAUGGAGAGUGCUACAUUUUUAAUGAUCCACACAUCAUAACAUUUGACUUUCAACAAUAUGAACUGUUCACUCUCGGAACAUUUGUGUUGUUUUCAAGUACCGCAAUGGAUUUUAAGAUUCAUGGUCGAAUAUGGAACUGUGCCGGACAGGGUGGAUUCUGUUUGUGCGGAGUUGCGAUUCAACACAUAGAAGAUCUCAUCACAAUUGAUAUGUGCAACGGAAAACUGCAGGGCGGGAAAGCGCACGUGUUUUUCCCCACGUAUUCAAUUAGCGAGGACAUAGCGCUAUUUUCAUCCAGAAACGACACAGUCUUUACACUGAUGUUAUCUAGCGGAUCUAGAGUCAGACUGAAUAUUGAAGACUGGGGUCUGUCGAUGGCUCUGUACGUGUCGGGGUCGGAGUACAACAAGACGCGCGGUUUGUGUGGAAUCUUCGACCACGAGCCGCGCAAUGACUACCAUGACAACGUCGGCAUCAAGGUCGCCGGAUCUGACGAGAACCAGGUUUUGAAGGAAUUUAUUGAAAUAUGGAGGCUUACUGCUGGCGAGAGCAUGUUUGAUGCGAUCCCUGAACCAGGAAACAUCCCGUUCGUGGCCGCGCCAUGCGACUGUUCUCCUAACAACCAGGGUAAAAUCUGCCCCACCUCAUCCACCUUCACAAACGUGGUUCCCUCCAUCCAGGAAUCAGAAGACCGGACCAGCCACUUCUUCGCUGCCCAGUUCCCAGACACUUUCGACGAGAGCCUGCUAUCGGGGGACGAAGCAGAAAUUCAUGAACCAACCUUUGCUCCAGAAGUGAAGUCCAAGCUCAUAAAGCUUCCAUCGUUGGCUCCUAAACGCAGACGAAGAAAGCGAGGACUUAGUGACUGGCCAGAUUCAGAAAUGUCUUUGGGAUUUGAGGGUGAUGAAGACCUUUCUUUACUUCCAUAUGUACGUAAGAGGAGACUUCCACCAAGUGAGACGAAAGAAGAAGAAUCCUUCAAGAUGUCUUUGAGAUUUGAUGUUGACGAUGAUCUGAUAUUUGAUGCAGACGACCACAUGCUUUCAUCUCUUCCACACGGACGCCGAAGACGCCGACGAAAACGACAAACUGCCGAGGGAGAGGACGCGUCCUCAAAGAUAUCGUUUGGCUUUGAGACGAGCGAGGAUCUUCCAGUCAUAUCAGACACGUACUACUUUGAGCCUGAUCACAUCAUCCUGGAGGAUCACCUCUCCCCCGAGUCCUUGCAGUGGCCGACGUAUUCUGGGCUCACGGAGGAAGAGGCUAGCAUCAUCUGCGCACAGACUCUGUUUGACAACCCGCUAGCUCAGGCAUGUGGGGAGUAUCUGGGAGAGAGUCUUCAGCUCGCGUACGACUACUGUCUGGCAGAUAUUAAGCUAAAAGACAACACGACUUGGGCUAUAUACAACCUUCACCUUCUGGAGAACAUCUGCGAGGCCACCAUCAUGAGGGAGUUGCACGCGUUUGUAUACCCUGGCAACGUCCUGCCCAAUUGGCCCACAGAGCUCAGUGAUGCCUACAUGUGUCCGGAUGGUUGUGUCUAUGGCAACUGUAGUAGCGGUGGCUGCAAGUGUCUUCGCGGUUUCACAGGACCGUCUUGUAAAGAAGUACUUCCGACUGAACCCCCAACUACAACACCGACUACAACGCCAACCACAACACCGACCACAACACCAACAACUACCACUACACCUACCACCACCACCACCACCACAACCACGACAACAACGAUCCCUACGACAACGGAAAUGCAACCAACGGAACCUACGUUUGAAAUCUGUGAUAUCAGAACUGCGGAUUGCUCGCUUGUUACGUUGGAGAUUCCACCGGCCGCUAAGAGAAUGCAGUGUAAAGUCACCCCAGUGCAGUUCAUAAAUGGAACCAUGACUCGUCUGCCGGGAUCCAUAGUAACAGGAAGCUCGACUGACAAACCGGAAACCAUCACUUGCCUCUUGCCAGACUUGGAUUCACUACGCCGCGUAUUUGCCUCAGCCAGCCUGAUUGAAAGCCUAGUUAUAGAGGCCGUUGAUCUGGAUGGUAGGACUCUAGCCACCAAGACUCUAACGUACCAAGACUCAGUCUGCCGAGACUGUGGUGAAGAUGGUCGAUUUGGAUGCACCAUUAAGAACAAUUCGUGUUUCAUCGACUUCAUCUGCUACUUGAAUCUGACAAAGAACCCAAACAACGAGUGUGAACAGUGUGUUCCUGGGGUCGACAGAACAUCGUGGUCGGAGAUUUCAGACAACACCCCUCCAUCACUUCCUCCCCCACCGAGGCCAGCUGUCAUAUUUGUUGGACAAGAAGUGAAUCUGCACUUCAAUGCAUUUGAUGCUGAAGGGUCAAAGGUCAAGUUUUCAACUAAUCGAGAGGACGCUACUAUCACAGAUGAUGGAGAUUUCUAUUGGAAGCACACGACCAAUCAGGUGAUACCUGGGACAAGCACAGAACAGUUUCAGAUCACAGCUGUGGACACAUGCAACGCUUCGACAACUGUGGCAUUAGAGGUAAUUAUUCUGACGUGUGAGUGCAAAUACGGAGGUAGCUGCGUAAACCACACGUUCUUGCUCAGUGGAGAGAUUGACUACUCGUGUGCCUGCAGUCCAGGGUUUACAGGAAAACGUUGCGAGUCUGACAUAGAUGAAUGUGCCUCCAGCCCAUGUAAUGGAGGAACGUGUCUUGACAAAGUUGCCGGCUUUAUUUGUCUUUGCAGCUACGGAUUUACAGGCUCGUACUGUGAGGUGAUUGAAGAUUUCUGCGCCACAGAUCCGUGCUAUCCCGGUGUGCACUGCGAAUCCAUUCCCAGUUCCUUUAAAUGUGGACCGUGUCCCAGUGGAAUGGAGGGUAAUGGAUCUUAUUGUCAAGAAAUUGACUCGUGUGCGUCCAGCCCGUGUUUCCCUGGAACUUCGUGUUCAGAUAUGAGAGCUCCACGUUCGGGAUUCUCUUGUGGUCUCUGUCCACCAUUCUUCAGAGGUGACGGAAUCACCUGCGGAAGAACAGAGCUGUCAGCCUGUGACAAGGCUGUGUGUUCCUCAGUUGCUGCCUGCUCCGAGUCCGAACUCUUCCCUGGCUUCAGGUGUGGUCCGUGCCCUGCUGGUUAUGAUGGAAACGGGACAGUCUGUAUACCUAUAUGUGAUCCACGUUGUCAGCGCCGACAAGUGUGCACGGCUCCCAACCGAUGCGAGUGUCCGGCCGGCUACACGGGAAACAAGUGUCAUCUACCUAUAUGUUUCCCUAUGUGUCGGAAUGGUGGUCUCUGCUAUCUACCAAACCAGUGUCGCUGUUUCCGAGGCUACUCCGGAGAAUUCUGUGAACACAGUAUCUGUACACCAAAGUGUCGUAAUGGUGGACACUGUUUUGCCAGAAAUCGAUGCAGAUGUCGUUAUGGGUUCACUGGACCCAGAUGUGAAUUACAAGCUUGUCGGCAUGCAUGUCAAAACAACGGCGUAUGCAUCGGUCCUGACAAAUGCCGCUGUCGUAGAGGGUGGGAGGGUAAAUACUGCGAAAUCCCCUCCUGUUACCCUCCCUGUUUCAACGGUGGAACGUGCAUCAGGCCCGAGGAAUGUGUGUGUCCUGUCGGCUACAUGGGCAGAUACUGCCAAACAGCUCUGUGCAACCCUCCCUGUGAGCAUGGUGGGAAAUGUAAACGAUUCAACACGUGCAAGUGUCGUAGUGGCUACACUGGAAGUCGGUGUGAGAGGGUGACGUGUCAGCCGCGCUGUUUGAACGGAGCUCGCUGUGUGGCACCCAACCAGUGUUCCUGUCCGUCGGGCUGGUCCGGAACAAGAUGUGAUAUACCUGUGUGCACAAAUUCAUGCAAACAUGGAGGGAUAUGUUUCAAACCCGACAGGUGUGUUUGUAGGCGUGGUUUUACUGGAGCAAGCUGUCAAAAACGGUUAAGACAGCGCAGACGACAGGAACGCAGACGUAACAGAAAACGUCAUCGAUCUCGAAAACAGAACAGAAAGCGAUACUGGAAAAUAUACAUGGGUUUAAAUCAACCUUGAGUUGACUGGGCAUCUUUCACGUGUCUUACUGGACGUUACGGCUGCUGAGAUGGACUUACGGUGCUGUGGUAACAUUGGUUGGGACUUAUUAACCAUAUGUGCUGUGGUUGUGUUGAAGAUGACGUCACCGCAUUAACCUGGCCAUAUUGAAUGUUGCCGAGUGUCACCGCCCAUGUUGAAUGUGAUUCAGCAUCACUAGCCAUGUUGAAUGUGACUCAGCAUCACUAGCCAUGUUCAAUGUGACUCAGUGUUAUCGGCUAAUAUUACAUGCGACUCAUGUGUUACUUGUUAUGUUGAAUGUGACUCAGCAUAUAUGCAGCCAUGUUAACAUGUUGAAUAUGACUUAGUAUUACUGGUUAAUUAUAAUAUUACAUGCGACUCUAAUGUCAUUUGUUAAGUUGAAUGUGACACAGCAUAUCUGCAGCCAUGCUGACAUUUUGAAUUUAUCUGAGAGUUACUAGCUAAUAUUACAUCCGACUCGAAAUAUUACCGGUUAUGUUACUAUACCAUGCAUGUAUCUAUUUAUUACUGUUCAUAUCCUGUUUCUUGGUAUCCCAGCCUAUGUUAAAUUUAACUCAAUAUUACUGUCCCUGUUGAAUGUGACUCAUUGUCACCGACCUUGUUGAUGACGACUCACUGUCACUGCAGGCCCGUACGCAGAAAUUUAUAUGGGGGGUGGGUGCGUAAUCGACGGCCCAAAGGGCCGGCGUUGCUUGGGGGGUCCGGGGGCAUGUCCCCCGAAUAUUUUUUUAAUCUAGAAUGCAGGAGAAGCAUUUUCUUGCAUUCUGAGAAGUAAAUUUGUCACAUCGUCGGACUAUUUUAAUUUUUUUUACACAUCCACGGAUGGACCUCACAGACUAUAGGGGGUGCGUACGCACCCCUCCCUGCUUACGGGUCUGCACUGACUAUGUUGAAUGUGAUUCAGUAUCACUGGCUAGCCAAGUUUGAUUCAGUUCAGUGCCACUGUAUGAAGCACAACUGAAAUUACUGCCUAACCAUAUUACAAUGAAUGUGGCUGCAUGUACCACCAGCUAUGUUGAAUACGACUCAGUGAUACUUGUCACAUUGAAUAUGCUUUCAGUAUUACUAGGCAUAAUUGUUAAAUGUGUCUUAGUAUCAUUCACCUUUUUUAACAUCACUUGGUUUUGAUGGCCGCAUUGGAUAUAAUUUAUAACUAGCUUUGUUAAACGUAACAGAAUUGCAUACAAUGUUGAAUGUGACAUGGUAAUGCUGUCCACGUUGAUUAUGACGCAGUAUUGCUAGUCUUGUCAAAUACGACUUGUAACACUCACCAUGCUGAAUGUGACAUGGUGAUAGUGGUCAUGUUGAAUAUGACACAGUAUUGCUAGUCUUGUUAAAUGUGACUUGUGUCACUGAUCAUGUUGAAUGUGACGCAUUGUUGAUUAUAACUUGGUAGCACUGCUCAUGCUGAAUAUGAUGUUGAACUUGACUCAAUGUUGAAUAUUACUCAAUAGCACUGUCCAUGCUGAAUAUGUUGAAAGCAACUCAAUGUUGAAUAUAACUUAGUAGCUCUGCCUAUGCUGAAUGUGAUGUUGAACGUGACUCAAUGUUGAAUAUAACUCAAUAGCACUGCCAAUGUUGAAUGUGACUGUGAUAAUUGUUAUUGCUAAAAACUGCCUUAAUGGACAAUGUUUUAUAUGUGGACUGAAUUCAGGUUGAAUGUAAUUCAGCAAUGAUGUUGUUAUUGCUUGCCUUAUAGAUAGAAAUAUACUUAACAAAAUUAAUUAAAAGCUAGUAAGUAUUUUCUGCAUGUUUCUUCAGUUGUGGUAAAAAAAAAAAAAAGUUUGGUUUGGGUUUUACCAAGCACACAUAUUAAAGCUUCCACGAUUCAAUAACUGGUCAAAAUUUACUCAGACAAUAUUUAAAAGUCAUCUGUGAUCAAAAUUUGCUGGCAUAACAAAAGUAACAAUUAUAGCAAAAACUGUCCACAAGAUCUACUGUCCCAUAGUUAAUUUUGUUGAGUAUACUUGUAUGAUAUAUUAUACAGGAAACUGAUUUUAGAAGAUGUAAUUUUGUUGAAUUAGGAGAUAACCAUAUGGAGUUUUUAGAUUUGCGGGUGUUAUUGUCUAUUUGAUCCCGCAAAUGUCAUUUUUGACCGAAGGCGUUAGCCUGAGGUCAAAAAUGAAACAUUUGC